AUGGAGAACGCUGUAUACGGUCCCCGAGAUCCCUCACUUCUGUAUCUUCAGAAUGAUCAUAGAUCAAGUGCUUUGACAGAGUCUAAUAUGGAUACGAGCAUACGAGUUAGACGAAGUGAUCAUGGGAUAUGGAGUGUCUUUCAUAGGCCGCACAACCCUCAUCCUCAUCCUCGGGUGUUAUCUUAUUUGGUCCAGAUGAAGUUAUAUGGUGUAUAUCGAUGUCGACGUAUGCAAGCAGAUUGGGCACUUAUCACUGCAUUAGUAGAGAGAUGGCGCCAGGAGACUCACACAUUUCACUUGCGUGUAGGGGAGGUGACAGUCACCCUACAGGACGUGGCGUUGAUAUACGGACUACCGGUUGACGGACGUCCGGUCAUAGGAGUUGAUACUCAUCGUAGGACUCGUGAGUGGCAGCAGUAUUGUAUGACAUGGCUGGGAUUUACACCGGAUUCAUCGAAGAUAAAAGGAUCGAAGUUGAGCGUCAAAGCCCUUAGUGAAUAUUUAAUCAAUAAUCCCGUUCUUGAUAAUAGUACAUAUGAGCAUCUUAUUCAUUACACUCGAGGGAUUGCUUUUCUCAUAGUUGGGGGGAUUAUGUGUCCCGAUCACACUGGCGACUCUAUUCCGUUGAUGUAUUUGAGACAUUUAGAGGAUCUUGAUGCUCUCGAUGGCUUGCACCGACGUUGGUCACCGGAGUUUGACGAAGAAGUCACCCUGCUCGCUGCGACUUUGGGGAAGCAAAAUCUGCUGCCGCACCUGUUUUCGGAGCCGAAAUCGAAGGGUUUCGAAUGCGAAUUUGGAAUCGGAUCCUUCAUGAAACUCGUAGAGGACAUUGUAAACUAUAUGUAA